AUGGGCGAGACGAGCCAGAAGAAGCGCUAUGCCAUCGUCGGCACUGGUGGGCGUUCAGGCUUCUUCUACACGGCGAUCGCACAAGACUACAGUAGCACUUCGGUCAUCGUCGGCCUCUGUGACACGAACCAGACGCGGAUGAACUAUGCCAACUCCAAGCUCAAGGAGCUCGGCCACAGCGAAGUGCCGACCUUUCUCGCCGCCGACUUCGACCAGAUGAUCAAGGACACAAAGCCGGAUGAGGUCAUCGUCACAACCAUGGACCGCACGCACAAUAUCUACAUCGUCCGCGCCAUGGAGCUAGGCUGCAACGUCGUCACUGAGAAGCCCAUGACCAUUGAUGCGCCGCGUUGCCGGGAGAUUUUCUCUGCUGUUGAGCGGACAGGGCAAAAGGUGCGGGUGACAUUCAACUACCGCUAUGCGCCUCACAACACCAAGAUCUUUGAGAUUAUCAAGUCGGGUGCCAUCGGCACUGUGACGAGUGUGCAUUUCGAGUGGAUGCUCAACGAGAACCACGGCGCCGACUAUUUCCGUCGCUGGCACCGCGACAAGCGGAACUCGGGCGGCCUCCUCGUGCACAAGUCGACGCAUCACUUCGACCUCGUCAACUUUUGGUUACAGACGCGGCCGCAAACGGUGUACGCACAAGGCGAUCUCAAGUUUUACGGACGCGAGAAUGCCGAGAAGAGGGGGGUAACGAAGUUUUACACAAGAGCUCACGGUAGCGAGGCGGCCCAGGACGACCCCUUUGCGUUGCACCUCGACUCGAACCCGCAGCUGAAGGCGAUGUACCUGGAUGCAGAGCACGAGGACAGCUACUACCGCGACCAGAGCGUGUUUGGCGACGGUAUCAGCAUCGAGGACACGAUGAAUCUUCUAAUUAGGUACCGCAACGGUGCCGUCAUGACAUAUUCGCUAACAGCGUAUGCCCCAUGGGAAGGCUUCCGCGUCAACUUCAACGGCACCGGGGGUCGGCUCGAGGUCGAGGUUGUCGAGAAGAGCUACGUCAACUCCGGCGGCAGCCAGGCGUUGGAAGGGGCCAUUGAGAAGAGGACAAUGCUGCUCCGCCCGCUGUUCGGCCCGCCCCAGGAAAUCGACCUGGGCGAAGCAAAGGGUGCUCACGGUGGCGGUGAUCUCGUGUUGUUGAGAGACCUAUUUGGUGAGCCGGUGUCGGACGAGUACAUGCGCGCGGCUAGCCACGUGGAUGGUGCGGCAUCGAUAUUGACGGGAAUCGCUGCCAACAGAUCCCUCGCCACGGGUCAAGCUGUCAAUGUGGACGACAUUCUCGUUGUUCCGGAGAAAUAA